AUGAACAGUGAUACUAAUCCGAAAGAAAUGUAUGUAACUAAAGUAGAUAAUUUUUUGUCUGGAAUUAGUAGACUUUUGAAGCAAAAUGAAGAUGGCAGUGAAAACAACAGACUUUCUAAAGAGAAUAAAAAUAAUUCUGCAAUAGCAUCAACGCAAUUUAGCAAUCUUAAAUCUACCGGUGGUACAAUACCCAGAUUAUACGGCUUACCAAACCUACAUAAGGUUGGAUUACCUGAUCGUUUCAUUCUAGAUAUGGCUGGAAUGGAACAAUAUUGUGAAUCGAAACCACCGCUCUACGGUGUCCUCCUUGCUACAAGAAAUAAUGGUUUGAUUUAA